CAAGAUGUGGGCUGUAGGGUUGGUUCUCUUGGCCUUCGGGUCAGCUCACGGCUUGGUCAGGUUGGAUCCCUUGGUGGAUUCGCCAGCAGGACUCAUUCGAGGGUUGAGAGCUGAUGAUGGGGAGUAUGCCAUGUUCUUGGGGAUACCUUACGCGCAAGUACAAGAGGAUAACCCUUUUGGGGCCUCCAUCCCUCAGCCAAAAUUCGAUACAAUUUUCGACGCUUUCAACGACUCCACAGUCUGCCCACAAGUGGAGGAGUAUGAAAACACCAUAGUUGGCUCUUUGGACUGUCUCCAACUUAACAUCUACGUCCCGAACAAAGCAAGUUCUAGAAGUAAACUGCCUGUACUUGUAUGGAUCCACGGCGGAGGAUUUACUAUUGGGUAUACUAGCAGAUUCAUCUACGGCCCUAAAUAUCUGGUGAGACACGACGUUAUUCUGAUAGCUCUCAACUACAGAGUGGGGCCAUAUGGAUUCUUCUGUCUGGAUACCCCAGAGAUCCCCGGAAACCAGGGUCUGAAAGAUCAGGUACUGGCGCUGCGUUGGAUUAGAGACAACAUUGCUGCUUUUGGUGGAGACGUGGACAAAAUCACGGUUAUGGGAGAGAGUGCUGGAGGCGCUUCAAUAGAAUACCAUCUCCUAUCGAAAUAUGAGAAGCUGUUCAACCAAGCAAUCACACAAAGUGGUUCCACGUAUCUUCCAGGAGUUUUAGAAGAAGACCGUAGAAGCAAACCAUUAAAAAUAGCUGCGCAGCUUGGUUUUGAUACAGAAGACGUCACUGAAGCGGUAGAAUUUCUUGCAAAGACUGAUGUUAAACUUGUCAUAGCGGCAACUACAGAACUGGGAGUACCAAUUAGACCAUGCUUGGAAAAAGAGUUCGAAAAUGUCGACAGUAUAUUAACAGAUUACCCAAUCAAUUUGGAUAUGCCUAAAGCAAGGAACAUUAAUGUAUUAGUCGGGUUUAAUAAUAAAGAACAGCUGCUAGGCUACGUUUUCAUGCCGGCUGAACAGUUUAAGAACCUCAAUGUCUUUGAAGAGGCGUUGCAAACCACGUUUGUCUAUGACGAGGAACUUAAAGAAAUGAAGGAUAUUGUCAGACGAUUUUAUAUUGGAGAUGAGGAGCUGAGCGAGGCAUUACGAGACAAUCUAAUAGAUUUUCAAUCAGAUCACAAUUUCGCUUUUCCCAUACAGCAGACCUUGAAGCGGUACCUCAAAAACGGAGCCAAGAAUGUGUAUCACUACAUGUUCUCAUACAGUGGUGACAGGAAUUUCGUGAAGAAACGGCUUAAUGUCACCGCGCCAGGAGCAGCGCACGCUGAUGAGUUAGGAUACUUGUACGAUUUAGCGUAUGAGACGGAGGCACCAACGGAAGCGGAUCAGCUUGUGAUUGACCGGAUAACUGCUUUGUGGACCAACUUCGCCAAAUAUGGGGAUCCGACACCGGAGACGUCAGAUCUACUUCCUGUGAAGUGGUCACCGAUAACCGAGCAGACUUAUACAUAUCUGAACAUUGACAGCGAGCUGUCUGUUUCCACGAGACCCUACAACGACCGCAUGGCGUUUUGGGAGCUGUUCUUUGAGGUCAACAAGAACAAGCUGAAGGGAUAUCGGGAGAACUAGGAAUUAGGUUGCUGAUAUAGGAAGUCUUAUUGUUUGGCAAGAGUCAUGUAUUACCUUCCACUUAGUACCUUAAUUAAAUGAUGUGAUACAGAAAUAAGCGGUUG